GCGCGCGCUCUCUCCAGAUCAACUGGUUGGAAAAGAUUCAGACCGGAGCCACUGGAGUACAAGACCAUCACGGACUCAGCCUUUAUUUUUUCUCUAGCUGUUUGUUUUCAGCUAUUUCCAUUUUUUUUAAAAUUACAUUUCAGAUGGGUGUGACGCAGGCAAGAGGCAGAAUAUGCUAUGCUAAAAUGAAAGCGCUUGUAUUAUUUUUAACAGCCUUGCUCAAAGGAAAAAAAGUGGGCAUCAGCGGCUUUAUGCACAAACUGGUGUCCAAUCACCAAAUAUGUCAACACUUGGAACCUGAGAGGAUCUUACAGCAAGAGAGCCUGAGAGUGGAGAGAGCAGAGAAAGAAGAGAGAGAAAGGGAGGAGAAAGCAGAGAAAGAAGAGAGAGAAAAAGAGGAGAGAGCGGGGGGGACAUCUCGUCUGCAGACUUUGACGAAGGACGAGACUCAGGUGAAGCCUUCUGAUUUCCACUACCUCAAAGUCAUUGGCAAAGGAAGCUUUGGAAAGGUGUUGUUAGCGAGACACAGAAAGAGUGGAGGUUUCUAUGCCGUCAAGGUUUUACAGAAAGACGUAAUUAUGAGAAGGAAAGAGCAGAGAACUGUGAUGAUAGAGAGGAAUGUGUUGCUAAAGGGACUGCAGCAUCCAUUCCUGGUGGGGCUCCACUUCUCCUUCCAGACCUUACACAGAUUGUACUUUGUCCUGGACUACAUAAAUGGGGGAGAGUUGUUUUUCCAUCUUCAGAAGGAGGGAGCCUUCCCGGAGUCCAGAGCAAAAUUCUACACUGCGGAGAUGGCUUCAGCCCUGGGCUACCUCCACUCUCUCAACAUAGUGUAUAGAGACCUAAAGCCAGAGAACAUCCUAUUGGACGGUGAAGGUCAUGUGGUUCUGACAGACUUUGGGCUGUGUAAAGAGGGAGUGUCUGUGAGUGAGACAAUGCAAACUUUCUGUGGAACCCCUGUGUACCUGGCGCCUGAGGUGCUGUUGGGUCACGCCUACAGUCGAGUCGUUGACUGGUGGGGGCUGGGUACUGUUCUCUACGAGAUGCUUUAUGGACUGCCCCCCUUCUACAGUCGCAGCAAGGCCAAGACAUUUGAAAAGAUCCUUCACGCCCCUCUGCAGCUCCGUAGUACUGUGUCCCAAGCCUCACAGUCUCUGCUGCGAGGCCUGCUGGAGAGGGACUGUAACAAACGCCUGGGAAGGCGACGGGACCUUGCAGAGCUGCAGGACCACACUUUCUUCCAGUCCAUUAACUGGGACGACCUGCUGUCCAGGAGAGUCCCUCCCCCUUUCAUUCCCAAGCUGUCUAGUCCAUGUGAUGUGCGAUAUUUUGACCCUGAGUUCACACUCCUUCCAGUCCCCGCCUCUCUUGGUUUGAGUGACAUGUCAGAGGGCGUGGUCAGUGAAGCCUUCCCAGGGUUCUCUUAUAUGCCCCUGGUUGAGUUUGGUGUUGUGGAUCCAUAAUUUAAUUUGAGUAUAUAUUUUUUUAUACCUGUUGAAUACAUUUGUUGAAUACAUUUAAACGUUUUCCUA